GGCCGCCGCAGGCUCGGUUCCCGGGAGGCUCGGACUCGCGCAGACCCUCGGCAGCCGGCGCUGCGCGGCGGAAGCGUGGCCGCGGGGAUGGCGGCCCCCCAGCACGAGCAGAUCUCUCACACAAGGCUCUCUGUGGAUGAUGAGUGGAACCUGCAGCAGGAAAGGAUGUACAAGAUGCACCGGGGCCACGAGUCCAUGCAUGUGGAGAUGAUCCUGAUCUUCCUUAGUGCUCUGCUCAUCGCCCAGAUAGCACUGGUGCAGUGGAGACAGACGCACGGCCGGUCCUACAACCUGGUGACACUGUUACAGAUGUGGGUCGUCCCUGUGUAUUUCACGAUAAAACUUCACUGGUGGCGGUUUCUGUCUCUGUGGGGAAUGUUCUCAGGGAUUACCAGUUACAUCCUCUUCAGAGCUACCCGAAAACCCCUCUCGGGAAGAACACCACGAUUGGUCUACAAAUGGUUUCUUCUGAUCUACAAACUCAGCUAUGCAUUCGGUGUUGUGGGUUAUUUGGCUAUCAUGUUUACAAUGUGUGGAUUCAAUUUAUUUUUCAAAAUCAAGGCUAGAGAUUCCAUGGAUUUUGGCAUUGUGUCCUUGUUCUAUGGCCUCUACUAUGGCAUAAUGGGGAGAGACUUUGCAGAGAUCUGCUCAGAUUACAUGGCUUCUACUAUAGGGUUCUACAGCGCCAGUGGGAUGCCCACCAGGAGCUUGUCAGACAACAUCUGCGCCGUCUGUGGGCAAAAGAUCAUAGUGGAGCUCGGUGAAGAAGGACUUAUUGAAAACACCUACCAGCUUUCAUGCAAUCAUGUUUUUCAUGAAUUCUGCAUCCGAGGUUGGUGUAUUGUUGGUAAAAAGCAGACUUGCCCUUACUGCAGAGAGAAGGUUGAUUUGAGAAGGAUGAUCAGCAAUCCCUGGGAGCGUACACACUUUUUGUAUGGGCAAAUCCUGGACUGGCUUCGUUACCUGGUGGCCUGGCAACCUGUGGUGAUAGGAAUAGUUCAAGGCAUUAACUACUCACUAGGGCUGGAAUAGUAUAGCAGACUUACUCCAGAAGUAAUGGAUUGCAUGUUGAAGUCUUUUUUAAAUUCUUGAUCCUACAUUUAAUAUUAACAUUCUUUUUUUUAACCUUAGACAGUUUAGAGAAGUCAGUAGAAUCUGGUGUCCUGUAUAAUUUGUCAACGUGGAAAGAAUUUCCAAAGAAUCUCAAUGUCAAAAGUUCAGAAAAAAAUAGAAAUAAAACCAAUGAAUCACUAAAGUAGUAACUGGGAGAAGUUUAUUGGGUGCACACCAAAAAGACGGUUUGUAAACCAGGAGAACUCAAACCAGAACCUGGCUAAGAGGUACAUUGUUAUAAAGCAGCUGAAUAGUGAGGAGGCUAGAGUGUUUAUUCUUCACAGCGAUGAAGAAAGGGGAUGCCUAAAGGAAAGGGGAUGCGUUAGUGGUUACCUCAUACUGCGGGAAUAAUUUAAAGUUUUGCUUUUGAUUAUCAGAGGCAUAGGCAAGAAUGACCCAGGGCAAGUAAGCUUUGCUUGUCUUACCAAAGAAGCUAAAUUAAGCUCUGCUUGUAGGCAAAGAAGUAGGCAGAGUUGUUAAGUACUCUUUGGUUAAUGGAUAUGGUCUUUUUGUGCUUUCCAUGCUUGUCAUCAUGUGACAGCUUCGGCACCACAAGGCCUUCCACAUAGAGGGGGUUACCCCUGAAACCUUGAGCACCAGGUGCAGCCACUCAAUGGGCCAGAAUUAGGCUGGGUUUCCCAGGCUGCCAAAUGCACUGAGCCCAUCCAAGGACGAGUUAAAAUGGAGAGAGAACCACUCUCUCUUCUUUUGUGUUAUCUGUUCACAUGCACGCGAGCACACACACACACACACACACAGAUGUGCACACACAUCAUUACUCUAUUGCUAUAUUGUGCUUUUAUUUUCUUCAUAGCACUUAUCAAUGCCUGAAAUCAUAUCAGAUUUAUUUAUUGUCUUUCCCUCCAUGAAGGCAGAGAAUUUUAUGUUUUGUUCCCUACUGUAUCUCCAGGAU